CUGCUGGAGGUAUGUGGGAGCUGGCCAGAGAGCUUUGGUGUUCCACGGCACUACGCCGGGUCAGUAGAUGCCAGCGACGAAGGCCUGCGUGAGAGACUGGCUGAUGCCAUGUCUGAGUCCCCUUCAAGAGAAAUAGUGGGAUCCGCUACAGGCAAGAAGGUGGCUAACACUGUGCGGGGCGUCCGAAACGAACUUGUAACUCAGAGUAAGCUGCUUCACCAGGUCUGCUUCACUGCCAAGUGCCGGGGCAGCAUAGAGAGCGCAGCACUUGUUGUAGCUGAGCUGCAGAGGGAGGGCAGCAUCGAGACUCUCAGCAACAGCUCAGGCUCCACCAGCGGCAGCAUCCCACGCAACUUUGAGGGAUACCGCUCGCCCCUACCCACCAAUGAGGGCCAGCCGCUCAGCCUCUUCCCAACCAACUUCCCCUAA